AUGAGAGUUUCUUACACAGGUUAUGGAAACAUCUCGCCAUCGACUCGCGGGGGUCAGUCCUUCACUAUUUUCUACGCUCUGAUUGGGAUUCCCCUGUGCUGCGUGGUCCUGGCCCAGAUGGGCACUAAGAUCAAUGCCAAGGUCAAGCUCCUCAUUGACAGGAUCUCUGAAUGCUUUGGGCAGUAUGAGAUGAAGUCUUGGAUGUUACCUGCCAUCCAGGGCAUCCUCCUUACCACAUUCCUCCUCGGCUUCGGCUUGAUUAUACCGGCCGCUGCUUUCUCUGUGACGGAGGGAUGGAGCUUCCAUGAGGCAUGGUACUACUGCUUCAUCACCGUGACAACCAUUGGCUUCGGCGAUUACGUAAUUGGGACAAACUCAGAUAUCCCAUACACUGUAGUCUACAAAUGGUUCAGUCUCCUGUGGAUAUUCUUUGGCCUCAUUGUCAUGGCAACUAUCAUCUCCAAGAUGACUGACUGGCUGUCAGAAAAGACGGAGAAAGCCCAGGUUUUCGUGAAACAAGGACAAGAGAAAGAAGGGGGAGAGAUGGAAAGUGACGACAGCCGUGGAAAGCUGAAUGGGAAUGGAGGAGAAGAAAAUGUCGAUAAAGACGUAGAAAUGAAUACAGUAUUGAAUGGUCAGGAUUAGAUACUGAUUAUAUGGCAUGUUUCUACAGGAUUACAAAUACA